GGGAUGGGGGCAUUUUGGGGGGGGAGGAAGUUUGGGGUUUGAAGGGUAGACAGGAAGAAGAAAAAGACUUUUCACUCCUGAUCACUGUGCUCUCUCUUUCCUGGUGGGGCUGGGAUUCACACCCAAUAAAUGGAAAAUAUGUUACUGUCCUCCCCCCGCCCCCCAGGGCUGGACCAGUCACUCCAAGCCCUGCCGCAGGCAGAGCAUAAUACUGAGCCUUGAUGUUGGCUGGGCUCCCACAGCACAGAGGAUCCUUUUUCCCUGUGCCUGGAACUUGUGUCCCCUUUGUGGUGCUGAAGCCAGCCUCCCCCCACCCCCACCCCGGACUCUGGGACUGGGUGGUCAUGGACUUGGUUCCAGGCAAGGCAUACGCCCAGAGGUCCUGGUUGAUCCAGAGGACCCACAAUUGAGAUGCUGAGUGCAGUGAAGGUUCUCUCUCCCUGUGUCCCCUCCCUACUUGAGAGCUACCCUGUUCUUCCCUCUCCAGGAGCUGACAUGGAUCCAAAUCCUCGGGCAGCCCUGGAGCGCCAGCAGCUUCGCCUUCGGGAACGGCAGAAAUUCUUUGAGGAUAUUUUACAGCCAGAUGCAGAAUUUGUCUUUCCUCUGUCCCACCUGCAUCUCGAGUCACACAGACCCCCUAUCGGUAGUAUCUCAUCCAUGGAAGUGAAUGUGGACACUUUGGAGCAAGUGGAAUUCAUUGACCUCGGGGAUCAGGAUGGAGCAGAUGUGUUCUUGCCUUGCGAAGAUCCUCCACCGACCCCACAGACAUCUGGUGUGAAUGAUCUUGCAGAAGAGCUCAGCUUGCCCACACCAGACAGGACCAUGUCCCGCACCUCCUCUUCAUCCUCUGACUCCUCCACCAACUUGCACAGCCCAAACCCCAGCGACGAUGGUGCAGACACACCCUUGGCACAGUCUGACGAAGAGGAUGGGAAUGAUGGAGGGGCAGAGCCUGGAACCUGCAGCUAGCAGUGGCCCCCACCCACAGAUGGACUGAGCUGGUUCUUCUCCGCUUGAGACCGUAGGCCCAGCGGAGCACAGUGGAGAAGAUCAGUCUUGUUCCUUUGCAGUGGGUCCCCUGGAGGAAAGUGGGCUUGCAGAUUUCUCUAGGAAUUAACCUACUCCUUUCCUGCUAACCUGGUCCUGCUGCAACCCUCCUGCCAUUUUGGGUUUAAUUCCCAGAGUAGAGUUGCAAGUGGAGAUGGAAGAUGAGGUGGAACAGGAUGCCACUGCUUUUCUUAGCACCCCUACUCCCCUAGACUCCCUGCCAUCUCAGAGCCUCCUAAACCAGGGUGUCUCCAUGGACACGAGCUCUGUGGCAUUCCAGGGAGAGGUAUUCUAGCCAUCCUGCUUCCUUCAUCCUUUUUGAACAGGACAUGGUAUCAGUAAUAAACAACAGUACACCCACCACUCCACUCUAUUUUUCACAGUACCACCAUAUUUGUUGCAUCUACUGUGUUUCUUUGGUGUUCUAAGCAACACCAUCCCCCUCUCACUCACUCACCCCAUUUGUGCUGGACCUUUGGAAUAUACAUUUGAACAUGGUGGCCAGUAGCCCUGUCUUUGUGGAGUUUAAAUGUGUCAGGGUGGGGGCAGGGCAUUUGGGUAAAUACCACAGCACACUGUGUAAUAAAUAGCAUAAUAAAGAACUACUCCAGUUUCAGAAAA